AUGAGUCCUGCGCCUCAGACAGGCAGCGUCCUCACUGCUGUCCCUCAGGUUAAUCUGCCUGUGCUCUCCAGCCAGGCCCCCGCAUGGAUUUUAGUGGUAACUACCUUCUCUCCCAGAAGAAGUGUCCGUGCCAAGCGGAUGGUAGAGACUGCCAACCCUAACGAAUAUGAGUAUAUGGAAGGCAGCAUUCCUUCAGAGUGGGACGCUUGGAUCCGAGGCAGACGGAAGGAGCCCCCCUCCAUCGAGGAGCUGCUGAAAAACGAGCGCUACAGAGUUGAGAUCAAACAGAAAGCCAGAGAUGCAGAUGAGCGGGACCUGCUACUGCAGAGUCAAGCAUAUGAAGAAGGGCUGCUGGCCACUCCCUCCCAGACCGCAGUCAAAGGUCACGCUUCCUCCACCAGCUUCGGCAGGCCGGAGAUCAGCGAGGAGCCAACCAGCGACGCAAACACCUUCCAGCCUGGCUCCUGGACGCCCAAUGCCAAGAAAUAAAGACUGAAACCUAUACUGCGGUUAUUUCUUUGAAAGGCAUACAUAUUACUCUUAUUUGUCAGAGGAAAGCCUGAUUGGUGAACUGGUUGAAUCAUAACAAAAAUAAUUGCAACCAAAUCACUGCAUGUUUUAUGUGCCCCUACCAAAAGAACAAAACCAGUUAUUAAUUUUAUAACCAGUGAUUUCACUCAGCAUCAGAACUGUUGAAAGAGGCAAAUACUUGGACAUGGACCACAAUCAGUUUGUUUUAUAGACCUCAGUACUAGAACUUCCUUAGGUUUGAUCGAAGGAAAGGCUGUUUCUGUGACACUGCUGAUGUUGGUUGUAUGUAGAUAAUGGUUUUGUGUAUUUUGACAGUCAGAUCCAAUUGACAAUAGCUUUAUCUUACUUCAAUAAAUAUAUUUUUGCGCAGUUAGUGUUAGUUAUUUUACACCAAAUAAGUCAAAUUAAUACAAUUCCAAAAAUAAAUCAUUGUUCAUUUAUCAAGAACAUUACCAUAAAUGUGCUGCUUGAUGCUUCUGAAGUUCAAAUAGUUGGUUAAUGGAUCACUCUAAAAUGAACUUUCUUGGAUAAAGCAAGAAUAUUAAAGACAUCACUUGUCAUCACUACAUCAUAACUUGUGAUGGGCAAUUUCUAUUAAAUACUCAAUUCUAUCCAUGUCACUGUCACAGGGCAGGGUAGAUUUAGAAAUAGCUACACACACUCAAACCUGGUGGUAAAACAGUAAAUGAAAAUAUAUAUAUAUAGAUAAAUUAACUGAA